AUGCGCCUCGCGCAUCUUCAUAUUCCGGAGCUCAUACCAUUCGCUCACGCUUCUCGCCUCCAGCAUACCCUCGUUUCGCGCCUUCUAGCAUACAAAAAGGUAUCGAAUUCCUCCCAAUCGACGCCGGCGCCAGAUCCCACGAUUUUAACAUUUACGCCGCAUCCGGUGUACACCACUGGCCGACGAGAUCUUCCUUCUACCCCAAACGCAGACCAUUCCCUCACAGUUCCGCAAACCCUCUCGUUACCGGCUUCUCUCGAACCAAUCCGACAUAUUCUCACUGCUUCUCCGCCGCUAGCAGAGUAUCAUGCUACGUUACGAGGCGGGCAAACAACGUAUCAUGGGCCGGGGCAAUUAGUUGCAUAUACGAUCCUGGACCUACGGAAACUCCGAAUCGGACCUAGGGCACAUAUCCGACUUCUAGAAGAAAGUGUACUUGAAGUUUUGGCUACAUAUGGCGUGAAGGGAAUGCUCAACGAGGAUCCUGGUGUUUGGGUGAAAACUGCCGCGCAAGCGGGAAGCGUGGGUCCGGAGGCUUCAUUGAAGAAAAUUGCAGCGGUAGGGGUGCACCUACGGCGGUUUGUGAGUAGCUAUGGGGUUGGCUUGAAUGUUACUGAAGAGCCUAUAUGGUAUCUUCGCCAAAUUGUGGCGUGCGGACUGGAGGGCAGAGGCGCGACCAGUAUAGAAGGCCAGAAUGCCGCAGUGAAGGGAGGAUUAGGAGAGGUUGCCGACGGGUUUGUAAAAGCGUUUGUUGGACGAAUAAAUGAAGGAACAGCGAGUGGUGGCAUUGGACCAAAGAUAGAUGAAGUAUAUAGAAUGGAAGAGAGAGAUUUGCUUGAUUGA